AUGCGGCCACCAUCUGUACAACCAUCGUUGAAAGCACGUGGCUACCCCUUCAGUGAUCCCAAUUACGCCCCUCUUCCACUGAGACCGCCUACUGUUACGACAUUCGGCGCUGAUAAAAAUGGUGGCGCAUAUAGUCAGCAAAGUACUGCCCGUAUAAUGUCUCCGAUGCUUACGGAAAAUAUUACACCACACCACUAUGACAAAGCGAAAGAAGUCGCUUCAUGGCAGCAGAAUGGUGCUGCGUAUAACGCGCAUUCUGGAGUGAUAUCACCCAGUUCGACAGUACCUUCAUCCAUUGUAUCUCCCCAAAAAACUACCGAUGAUGGUGUUGGCUAUGAAGAAUUCCGAGCUGCGUUAUCCAGCGUUGUCGAUCGAAGUGAUCCACGUGCAGACCUUGCCGAUUUUAAAGUGGUCGGUGAGGGAUCGACGGGUACUGUAUUGGCUGCUUAUAAGGUCUCUUCCAAACAAAUAGUUGCCGUGAAACGAAUGAAUCUGCGAAAGCAACAACGACGGGAGUUGCUCUUCAAUGAGGUCUCUAUCAUGAGGGAUUAUCAGCAUCCCAACAUUGUGCGGAUGUUUUCAUCACAUCUCGUUGGCGAUGAGUUGUGGGUGAUUAUGGAAUUCAUGGAAGGAGGCUCAUUAACUGAUAUCGUCACACAAACCAGGAUGACGGAACCACAGAUUGCCACUGUUUCACUGCAAGUGUUGAGAGCGCUGGAGUUUCUUCAUUCGCGCCGUGUUAUUCAUAGGUAA